AUGAAUAUAUCACAAUUGCUCAUCAGCUACAACAACAAGUCGGGUGAGCAGAAUAAUCACGCUAAUAUCGUAGCCGCCAAGGCGAUCAUGGAAGUUAUACAAAAUCAACUGCUUAAUCUCGCAACAUUCUUUACGUUUACAAUAAGUUGUGGUGAUAAGCACACUUGCGCUUACCACAACAAUCUCAUGCAGAAACUAUUUCACAUGUUGGGACUGUCGGCUGUGCAAUUUCUGGUACGCCAUGCAAAUUCAAAGAUACAUGUGUCAGGCAAAAGAAAUUUCAAUCUCAUUCUGAUUGAUUCAUUCAAGUCAUUUCGUGAUAUCGACAUCGCCUCCUAUAUAGAGGCUAACAAUUACAACGAGUACUACUAUAUUUUCAUACAAAUACGCGAUCACCUUUUGCUCAAUGAACUGCGUCAGAUAUUUAAAUAUUGUUGGGACAAUUCUAUGAUCAAUUGCAGUGUGCAAUCGCAAGAUGCGCAUGGUGAAAUAUUUGUUCAUUCAUACUUACCAUUCCAUGCGAAUUCUUGUAGCUAUUUAGAGCCGGUGCUUGUAAGUCGUUUUAAUGGUUCUGCAUUCGUAAAUCCCGAACUGUUUCCAAGCAAGUUAACCAAUUUGUAUGGUUGCGUUGUAAGAGCGGCGCUUUGGCAUGCACCACCGUACGUUUACUUGGACACAGACUCUCGCGGUGAAAGUCGCAUUGUAAGCGGCUUUGAAGGAUAUUUAUUACGUUUAUUGGCAGAGCGAUUAAAUUUCACCAUCGAUAUUAAAGUUCCUUUGAGAGGCGUCAAGUGCGGAAGUAUGGCUCAGCGCGCCGUUGGACUCGAUAUGGUUAAACAUCGAGUAGUUGACCUCACCUUGGGUGGCUUUGCUCAAUCGUCGCAACUUUACGGUAGGCUCUCGCACGUUUCAAGCUACUAUCAAACCCGACAGAUAAUGGCCGUAGCGAAAGCAGCAUAUCGUUUAACUUCGAAAGAAAUGAUCAUUAGCCCUUUUGAUUGGCUCAUUUGGCUGUUAAUUUGGUUUGCUUGCACAGUUUGCCGCGUUUUGCAUUAUCUGAUGAGCAAAUAUUGUACCAGAGCAAGCCGUGGCAGUAAACAACCGUUCUUAAACUUUCUAGCAAUAAUGCUCGGCUUGCCAACAACUUAUACGCCGGAUGCUUCGUGCCAACGUCUUCAUUUCACAGCUUGGCUUUUAUUUACGCUGAUUUCGCGCGCCAUUUAUCAGGGCAUACUUUUCUCCUAUAUACAUGGCGAUAUUAUAGUACCACCGCCCACCGAUUUCAAAGAUCUUAUUGACCAAAACUUUACAACUGUAAUGACGGCUAGCAAUCAAGUGUAUCUCACCGAUGUAAUGCAAUUAGAUGCCUUGCCCUCGGUUAUAUUGACGUCCUCGGAUGAGUUGAGUGCGUUUGAAUACAUUUUAGAGAAACACCAACGUGAUUUCGUUGCUGUUGGAACUGUAGAUAUUCUAUACUUAUAUCGUAGGGAAUACAAUCAGGCUGGAGUUUUUGUUGUAAUGAACGAUGAUCUUAUUGAUUUGCAGAUAACAAUGUAUUUGUCAAAGCAUUCAUUUUUUACGGCACAAUUUGAGGCGGAAAUUUGGUGGAUGCGCUCGGCGGGCUUGGUGGAAGGCUGGGUCAGUAAAGUUUUGGGAAAACAAAAUACGGUGAAGAUAAUUAACGAUUUUGAUGCAGAUUUGGGUAUUGAGGAUUUGUAUGCUUGCUUUGCAAUACUUGCUUUGGGCUUAGGCCUGUCAAUGGUGGUAUUCAUUUUGGAAUACUUGUCUCCUCGUAUACAGUUUUUAAGAAGAUGGUUGCUGAAGUUACAUGAUUGA